CAAAACGUUUCUUGCUCGUUGUGCGAAAGUGCACUUGGCUCCAUUUUGCGACUUGGUGCGAUGGCCGACCACCUCUUCGUCUUUGCCAACAACAAGGCCGGCAUGGACGGCGUCGACCGCUCCAAGGUCAACGAGACCAUCUACGAGCUCUCCAAGGACUCGGCCUUUUUCAAAAACUCGCUGGCGAAGGACGCCAAGACCGACGAGCGCAUCGCCGAGCUCCGCCGUCGCCUCGAUACCAAGCGCCGGCACGACCUCCACGAGACAGUUGACGCACUCGUCCUCGAGCUCGAGGCCAAGCGGUGUCUACGCCGCGUCCACGUUGUUGUCGACAUGGACAUGUUCUUUGCUGCUGUUGAGAUGCGCGAUCGGCCCGAGCUCGCGACUGUCCCGAUGGCCGUCGGCGGCAUGGGCAUGAUCAGCACGGCCAACUACGAAGCGCGCAAGUUUGGCGUCCGCGCUGCGAUGCCAGGUUUCAUUGGCAAGAAGCUCUGCCCGGCCCUUGUAUUUGUCCCUCCGGAUAUGGCCAAGUACGCCGCCGUCGCCGACGUCACACGGCGCAUCUUUGCCGAGUACGAUCCGCAGUUUGCGGCCGCAAGCAUGGACGAAGCGUAUUUGGACAUCACCGACGUGUGCUUAGCCCGCGGCGCCACGGACACGGCGAGUAUGGAGGCGACGGCCGCGGCCGUCACGGCCGAGUUGCGGCAGCGCAUAUUCGAUGCGACCAAGCUCACUGCGAGCGCCGGCAUUUCUACCAACGCCAAGCUGGCCAAGGUCUGCUCCGACAUGAACAAGCCCAACGGACAGUACUUGCUACCGUUCACACGCGACGCGCUGGUGAAGUUCAUCGAGAAUCUCCCGAUCCGCAAGCUCGGCGGCAUUGGCAAGGUGCGGGAGAAGGUGCUGGCCGCGCUCGGGAUUCACACGGGCCUCGACCUCUUCAACGCGCGCUACGACUUGUUUCAUAGUCACUCGGAGAUUACAGCGCGAUGGCUCCUGGAGAUUUCCAUGGGUGUCUACGAAGGCACGGGCGGCGACGAACGCAAGAGCGUCAGUCGCGAGUCGACGUUUGCAGCCACGGGUUCUUUAUUGGCGCUCAAAAGUAUUUGCAAGGACAUUGUCCAGCACGUCAGAGCCGACCUUCUUAGCGAGCGCGUGACGGGGCUCUGUGUGACGCUCAAGCUCAAGACUGAGGCCUUCCACGUCCGGACGCGUGCGUUCACGAGCAAGGCGAGCGUCGAGCCAACGCUGCUCGACCUCGCGUACAUGCUCCUCGAGCGCGAAGUGCGGCACGACCAAAAGACGAUCAAGCCACCGCCGCGCUACCGGCUCAUGGGCGUUCGCAUCUCCAAGCUCCAGGAGCGGGAUGCGAGCUGCGAGGUCGCUGCGACGAGCCAGCUGCGGCUCGAGGAAACCUUGUUUGCGCCCGCCCCAGCAGCAAAGUGCCCCGUGUGUGCGUCCAGCGUGCCACGCGCGCAGCUCCAGCGACACAUUCAAGAGUGUCUUGGUGACGACGACGCGUGUCCGAGGUCGUCGGAUACAAUAUUGUCAUCGCCUGUCAAAAGGAAAAGGUCUUUUUUUCAGGAGACGCCACCAACACCGUCCCGACGCCCUGACCGCAGCGAGUCAACUGCGUCCGAUGCACUGACGACGCAUGUUGAGGCAGCGAGCACGGCCGGUAGCAGCACCAAAAUGGCUCCCGACGAGACGUUGACAGCGUGUCCGAUCUGCGGACAGUCGUUCGAGUCGCAGAGCCCAGCGUGGAUGAACCGGCACAUUGAAGCCUGUCUCGGCGACACGACCGGAACGUCCGAUGAAAGAACUAGUACCGGUACACCGUCGUGUCCAGUGUGCAGUGCGCCGUUGGACAUGGCGAGUACCCAGGCCGUGAACGACCACUUGGACGCGUGCUUGGCCCACGUGGCACGCCCCAAGCGCCGCAAACCCAAAAGUAUCAAGACCUUCUUUCAGCAGCCGUAAAUUAUUCGCGAUAAGAACACGUGGCUACCAGAUACACGGGCAGGAUGCCCCAUGAGCAACCAAGCC